ACCUCCCCCCGCCCCGCCCCGUCUCCUCUCCCUCGCACCCGUCACGCGAGCGCCAUUCCUCCUCCUCUCCGCUCUUCUGGUGGUCUCGUCCCGUCCCCUCCCCUCCCCUCCCCUAAAAAUGAGGAACCUAGUACUGCCAUAGAAGUCAAAGUCGCCCGCCCAGCCCAACCACCCGGCGCCGCACUCGGGAGGCGCCCACACACGGAGCCCAUGCCGCCGCGCGCCGCGGCCUCGCCGCUGCAGGGCGACUGCUGCGGCCACGGCCCGGGCCCGGGCCCCGGCCCCGGCUGGCGCGUCGGCGGCGGGGAGCUCCACGGCGAGGCGUCCUGCAGCUACCUGCCGCUGCGCAAGCGGCUGUCCGUGGACGGCAAGUGCCCGGCGCCGCGGAUAUGCAUCUGGGAGUGCGACGGCGAGGCCGGGGACAUCACCUGCGACAUCGUCGCCGCGCCGCUGCGGCGCAGCUGCAGCGCCCGGGCAAUGCCGCCGCCGCCGGCUCCGCCCUUCCGCCGGAUGAUGACGCCGCCGCCCUCGCGGCCCAGGCCGCCGCCGCAGCGGGUGCCGGAGGAGGCGGCGGCGGCGGCCAGGAGGCCCGGGGAGACCAUCUGCAAGGGCCACCGGAGCUACGGCCUCAUGCUGAACCUGCAGCUUGGCAUAAGCUAUUCGGUGGGGAAGUCGUCGGCGCUGCCGUUCAGGAAGCUCUCGCCGUCAGACUUCGAUCCAAGGGAGAAGGUGUGGACGCGGUUCCCGCCGGAGGGGUCCAAGCUCACGCCGCCGCAUCACUCGGUGGAUUUCCGAUGGAAGGACUACUGCCCCGCGGUAUUCAGGCACCUGAGGAAGCUGUUCGGGGUGGAUCCUGCGGACUACAUGCUCGCCAUAUGCGGCAGCAACACGCUCCGGGAGCUGGCGUCCCCGGGCAAGAGCGGGAGCUGCUUCUUCGUUACGCAGGACGAUCGAUUCAUGAUCAAAACCGUGAAGAAGGCAGAAGUGAAGGUUCUAAUUAGGAUGCUGCGGAGUUACUAUGAACAUGUUUGUCGAUACAAGUCAACUUUACUGACAAGAUUCUAUGGCACACAUUGCAUUAAGCAAGCUGGCUGCCCCAAGGUCCGGUUCAUUAUAAUGGGCAAUUUUUGCUGCUCAGAGUAUAAGAUCCACCGGCGUUUUGAUUUGAAAGGUUCCUCACAUGGUCGGACUAUUGACAAAGCAGAACAGAAGAUCGAUGAAACUACUACUCUAAAGGACCUCGAUCUCGAUUAUGCAUUCCACCUGCAGAAGUUUUGGUACGAGGAGCUGAUGAAGCAAAUUCAGAUGGACUGCGCAUUCUUAGAGACACAAGGAAUUAUGGACUACAGCUUGCUGCUAGGAGUUCACUUUCGUAAUGAUUUCUUAAUGUCUAAGAUGGGUGUACCCCAGUUUAAUGGUUUGCCAAAAUCCACUGGCAAAAGAAAAUCAUUUGAAGGUGGAGAUGAUGUUUGUGAGCUUUGCUUUAUGGAAUCUGGAUGCAAGGAAAGAGAUUUCAUUGUUGACUCUCGGAAACCGUUGGUACAGUUAGGCAAGAACAUGCCCGCACAGGCCGAGCACAGAUCAAAGAGAGUCCUCGAUAAGUUUCUCCUAAAUGAAAGACACUUGUUCAUAACCACGCCAAGCGGAGGAUCUCGGGAUGUCUACCUCUUCUUUGGAAUAAUUGACAUUCUUCAAGACUACGACAUAACCAAGAAGCUCGAGCAUGCUUACAAGUCCUUCCAGGUCAACCCUGGCUGCAUUUCUGCCGUGGACCCAAAGCUAUACUCGAGGAGGUUCCAGGACUUCAUUCGCAGGGUGUUCAUCAGAGAACAGUAAGAGAAACUUGCACAGAGUUAACCGGUGACUGUUCAGCUCCACUGACUUUUUACAUCAUGAGAUCCAUUGGUGAAGCCCCGGGUAUGAUCGUUUCACCGAUCCCGAGCGUGCCCCUGGAACAGGAGGGUUUUACAUGUAUACUAUUACAAAAGAUGGCACCGAUGUUCAUACCACUAAAAAGUUUGGUGACACCUCUAUAGACACAUCGCGUUUUUUCGUUUUGACGUCUAUAGAGGUGUCACCAAACUUUUCGUUUUGACGUCUAUAGAGGUGUCACCAAACUUUUUAGUGGUAUGGACGUCGGGACCAUCUUUUGUAAUGAUAUACAUGUAAAACGAACAGCGGGAAGGGUGGGCGGUUUACCGGACGCACAGUUUUCUGAAUAAUUGGCGCCGAGGAAGGAGCACUGCCGACACGCAUGCUAAUGCUGAAAGGAUGCGAGCUAAAACUAUAGAGCUUCGCCUUUUCGAGGACUUGUAAAAUGUAAGUGCCGGCUCCAUGAUUGCGGAGCACAUCCCGAACCUUGCUGUUGUUUAUUCCUUUUUGCACUCGCAUCCGCCAAGAAUCUCAAGUAUUUUAGCUUC